AUGAUGUCAUUUCCUGUUCACUCAAUGAGUACGAUUUGCACAAGUUUUGUGCCAACGAGACGGACACUGUCUUUUCACUUUUGUACAUUAACCUGUUACGAAAUGGCAUCAACUCAAACUUUUGACGUCAGGUUUGUGGAGCCAGAAUCUUUGAGUAGACGUCGAAAUGUACAAUUGCCAGUUGAGAACUUUAAUGAACAUGAACAAACCGGAGUGGAAUUCGUUCCAUUCACACCGAUUAACCAAGCUUUGAGAGCAACUCACAACCAAAGUACGGAUACUUUGGGUCCACCAAAAGUCGUCAAAUUCCGCAUUUAUUUGUCGAGAGUCGAGAAUCCAGCUAUCUCUGAAAAUGGAAUUGAACUCAAUAUUGAGGCUGGCAAAACUGCUGAUACUAAAAAGCUAAUGUUUCAUCUUAGUAAAGAAUACGAUAUUGAUCUUCCCGCAUUCUCUGAAAUGUUUGCUAUCUGGAUGAUCUCUCCGUUGUUAGAAGUUCAACUGAAGCCGUAUCACCGCCCAUAUGAGUGCCGUCAGGGAUGGGAAACUCUUCUAAAUCGAUUCACUGAUGCCCCGACAGGCCGAUCUUUGAUUGCCGAUGAGCCAAUUCUGAUGCUUCGAAGGAAUGCAAGUUUGACAUGCGAUCGAGAAUUCGAGCUGCUUCACCAAUAUCCCCAAUGUGGUCGUUUCCUAAUCAUAGAUGCUCGCGAAAUGCUUCUCCUCGGACGUCUUCACUUCCUUUCUCUCGACGACACUAUUCGUGUCGCCGCCCUUCUCUUCUCUCUACAGUUUGGAGAUUUUAACGAGCAGAAACACGAUGUGGCUUUCAUCAGAAGCAAUAUCGAGGAGAUACUUCCAGAGCAUACCUGUGAAUCGAUUGCUUCGAAGACCAUUUUUGGAAAGGCCAUCAACAAGAAAACCUCAAGAAGAACGCCUUAUGAACUGCUGGAAGGCGUGCUCCCGAAAUCGAACGAGUUUGAAAAAGAGCACGAGAUUCUUCAGACUUUCGCAGAGUCAUCGAGUUGUUACGGUGCUGCGUGGUUUUCGGCAAGAAUUGAAAAAAAGGUGUCACGAGCCAGUUUGAGAAAUUUCGGACAGCCGUUUGCCGAAGUUGAGGUCAACGUUGGAAUCAACGAUCGUUUUUUGACAAUUGUGGAUGCUAAUUUCACGGAAACACUCUUCGUCCAAUCUUUAGAAGAGAUGUCAUGGCAAUUGGAAGGAACAAAAGAGGAUCAAACGCCGUUCUUGAUUCUGAAUCUCAGUUGUGAUGAGGAUAUUAAAGAAGGAUUUUCAACACAAAUCAAUAUUACCGACAAUGAAACGACCCUAUUCCUAAUGGUCACUGGAUCUCAGACACCUCUCAUCGAUGCUCUUCUCAAAACAAUGACUGGUCGAAGGUUGGAGAGAGCUAUUUCUGAUAGCAGCUCAUCAGACUCAAGUACCAGCUCCGAACGACAUGCAUCUCUCAUUCAGUCGAAACUAAAUUUGAAAACCUGCUCAGCAAGCGCUAACAGAAAACUUUGUUUGGCGAAAUUCAAAGAUGGAAAAUGUACAGAGGUCGCAGGAAGCUUCAAAUCUUUCUACUGCCAAGGCCAAACGCUUUAA